AAAAUAUGUUUGUCUGACUGUAUUAUUUGACUCAUCCAGCAGAGCGAGUUUCAGCAAGAGGCAGAGAAUCAGACGGAUGUGAGUGAGAGUAGGGUGGACGCUAAGGGCUACAUACAUGAAGCCCAACCAAUCACUGCAACAUUAUCUUGUGCACAAAAGAAACAACAAGAACAAGCCAGGGAAAACCUUUUGAAGAUAGUUGGUGGCAUACAGUAUUUGGCAAGGCAGGGCAAUGCUUUCAGAGGUCAUGAGCAGAAUGAACGAAACUUUAAACAGCUACUUCAGUACAAGGCAGAGGAUGAUCCCAAGCUGGCCUCCUGGCUUUCAGGGAAACAGAAUUUUACAAGUCCAAUAAUCCAAAACAAAAUACUUCAGAUAAUAAGUAACUCUAUUAUCAAAGAAAUAGCACAGGAAGUACAACAUUUGCCUGUAGUGCAAUAUUCUUUGAUCACUGAUGGAACUCAAGAUAUUGCUGGGAUAGAGCAAAAGUGCAUACGUAUAAGGUAUGUAGGUGAAGAUCUAGAUCCUAAAGAAGAGUUUGCAGGGCUGUAUGAAACUAACUCCACAACUGGAGAGAGCAUUGCUAAAGUUGCCACUGACGUCAUGCUCCGACUGAACUUGCCCAUCUCACAGUUGAGAGGGCAGACAUACGAUGGUGCAGCCAACAUGUCCGGUAAGGUACAGGGAGUACAGGCUCUCUUGAGAAGGGAGCAACCUCUGGCUCCAUAUAUCCACUGUGGUCCACACUGCAUAAACCUUGUAGCACAGAUGACUAUUUCAGCUUCAUCGGUUGUCAGGAACUCACUCGACGCGGUCAAUGAAUUAGGAAGCUUUUCUAACCACUCUGGAAAAUGAAAAUCAAUUUUCAGUGAAAUAGCUCAAUCUUAUAGUGUAAGGUCUACCUCCCUGAAGCCAUUAUGUCCCACUAGAUGGACUGUACGCACACCAGCCAUCCAGUCUGUGCUCAGUCAGUACCACAGUGUGCUCACAUCACUUGAAGAGAUGGUGAACUGUAGUGUGAGGGAGACUGCAUCCAGGGCUAAUGGACUUCAUGAGGUGUUCCUCAAAGGAAACACAGUCUUGGGGCUUAAGAUGGCUGCAGAUGUCAUGUCAGCCCUAGAAACCCUGAAUACCUCCCUUCAGAGUAAACGGCAAAUAAUCUCUGGUAUGAUGCUGGCUGUGGAGCAUGUCAAAAGACAUUUGGAGAACAGAAGAACAGAAGAGCAUUUCGAAGGAUUGUAUGUGCAAGCCCAAGACAUUGCCUCAUCAUUAGACCUGGUGCCCAUCAAGAUGCCCCAUAUCCGCUGCCCUCCAAAACAAUUAUCUGGACCAGCUGAGCCACAUAUUCACCCCUCUGCAGAGUCAUUCUACAGAAGCCACUAUUUCAACAUGCUUGAAACAGCUGCUCGGCAGCUUACACAGCGCUUUGAUGAGCCGGGUAUUCAUACACUCGGAAGUUUGGAGAAGGUCCUUAUCAGCGGAGAGAUGGAUGAUAUCAUCAAGAGCUACCCAGAGUUGGACCAAGUAGCUCUAAAGGUGCAGUUGUCAAUGCUGAAGUCCACCUAUCAGUACAGCAACUGUGGAGAUGUGGUGGACCUGCUAAAGACCAUGGUGCCUGAGGUCAGGAGUCUUUUUAAACAAGUAGAGACACUCCUGAGACUUUUGCUUGUAGUUCCUGCUUCUUCAUUACAGGCUGAACGAAGCUUCAGUGCUUUGAGAAGGCUAAAAACCUGGCUGAGAACCAAUAUGACGCAAAAGAGGUUGAACCAUGUAGCUGUGUGCCAUGUGCACAGAGAUAGGUUGGAUAUAAUUGAUAGAAAACAAGUCUGCAAAAGCUUAAUAGCCAUGAGUGACAUCCGCAAGAAUGUGUUUGGAUCAUUUUAAUAAAAGUGUUAAGGGUGGCAUGUUACAAAGUAUGCACUGGUUCAUUUCAUAUGAAUAUUUAAAUUCAGCUUUGUGACUUAAUAGCCUGUAUUU